AUGGCCGGUCUUAAUCUCAAGAUUGACUGGAAGUCGAAUCGGCGGGCCAUCGCGUACUGUCUGGUGGCUGCCAUCGGUGCCCUUUGCUACGGUUACGAUACGAUCUACUAUACUGGCAUCCAGGGUAUGCCAUGGUUUGCCCAGGACUAUGGGGAGAAAAACGCAGAUGGCUCCUAUUCCCUUGGAACAUCUUUCCUGUCCUUGUCUGCUAGCAUCAUCUAUGUCGGAGAGUUAGUUGGAGCCAUUGCUGCCGCUCCCAUUAAUGACUUUUUCGGCCGGCGUGCUGUGUUCCUGUCGGCCUCUCUUUGUAUCAUCAUCGGAGCCAUCGUCCAAGUGUGCUCAUUUGGCUCCGAUCCAAUCUUUUAUGUCAGUCGUGUUCUGAUUGGUCUAGGUAUCGGGCAGUUCACCGCGACUUGUCUGAUGUACAUUGGAGAGGUGGCACCGUCUGCCAUCAGAGGUCCGGCUCUCAUGUGCUUCCAGUUCAUGCAGUCUAUCUCGCAAUUAGUCGGAGCCUGCGUCAAUCAAGGCACGCAGGGCAUUGCCAGUGCUCAAUCCUACCGCAUUCCCAUGUGCCUGCUGGUUGUUCUUCCUGGUAUCAUGGUUCUGUGCCUUCCCUUCACACCCGAAAGCCCAGUGUGGUACAUGUACAAAGGCAAGCGUGAGCAAGCCAUCAAGGCUCUCCGCAAAAUCAACCGCAGCUGUCGCGACUAUGACCCAUCAGCGGACAUCCAAGCCAUCGACGACCAAGUCGAAAUGGAGCGUGAAAUGGCCAAGGACGCUACCUGGCUUUCGCUCAUCACGGAUCCUAUUGAGCGCCGUAAGCUCUUCUACGCCUGCGGCGCCAUGUUCGUCCAGCAGAUCAACGGAAUCCAGUUCUGGUACACCUAUGGCGUUGUCUUCGCGCAGUCUAUCGGCGUCGCGGAUCCCUUCACCAUCAACACCAUUAUCUACGUCCUGCAAAUCAUUACUGUCGGCCUCGCAGUCGUCCUCGGAAACAAGAUCAAGCGCCGCACUAACCUCCUCAUCUGCUCAGUGGGUAUUUUUGUUUCUCUCAUCGCCGUCGGCGGCCUCGGCACCACCCGAUCUCCAGACGGCACCUUCGGCCGUGGCAUCGGCAUCGGCAUCGUCGUCCUCGCCUACAUCAACAUCAUCUUCUACAACUUCUCCAUCGGUACCCUCUCGUACUCCAUCGCAUCGGAAAUGUCUGUCGGCCGCAACAGAAACAAGAUCACCUCGUGCGCUAUGGGUGUCUUCUUCCUCACAGUCUGGCUCAUGGUCUUCACCAGCCCCUACAUGUACUACACGGGUAAUUUAGGUCCAAUGAUCGGGUUCGUCUAUGGAGCAACCACUCUGUUUCUGCUAGCGUAUUCGUGGUUCUGUGUUGGUGAGACCGCGGGUCGAACCAAUGCGGAGAUUGAGAGACUCUUCCAGGACAAGGUUCCCGUUCGCCAGUGGGCGACAUAUAUUAUUCCUUCUGAUGAUGUGACAAUUAUGAAGAAACAAGACACCGAGGAUGAGCAGAUUGAGAUGGCAUGA